AUGGCCCAGCUGGUCUCCGAUUUUAUCAUCACGCCCGUUCUCCGACAAGCCCGUCGCUUUUCGAGCGGGUUCGCUGCCGAUGAGGCCCCCGCCAUUGAGAGCCCCGCGAUACGACGCCGGCGAGCGCAGUCGACGGGGUUCCCCGGUGCUGCUGGGACCGCGAUAUUAGAAGGAGAUGAGCACGGCAACGGGAGGUUAACAACCGGGAAUGCAGUACUGCCACACCGCAUCCGACAAGUUCGAGACCCAGCCGGCCGCCCCAUUUCCUCGAGUCCGAAUGGUCUGCGGAGCACACCCGAGAAUCCGGGCCUACCGGGAUUGAGCUUACCCAACAAUACCGGGCUGGACAACCAACCUGACGCACCCGCUACUCUGGAAACCAACACCCAAGCAGCAUGGCCGCCGCCGGAAAGCAACAGGGCGACACCGCUCCCCGAGGAUGACGGCAUGGGAGACCUCCGUCGGAGGAUACAGGCCUACCCUCAGGCCGGUGUCGCGGGCAAGCACAUCGCACGCCUGGACAACCACGAACACACGGAUCCAGCUGGGCCGUUGCAAGCUCUAAAGAAAUGGAACCCUCUCGGUGACGCACCCGGGCGCCUUAACCUGCCACUGACCGAGGAGGACCUCACACCGACUUUUGUGCCAGAGAAGCGUCCGGGCGAUGGAGCGGAAUGGUGGUCAGUGGCGGAACAGCCGGACGACGAGAACAGGCGCCUCGGUUGUGAACAUUACCGACGCAACGUCAAGCUACAAUGCGCCUUGUGCGAACGGUGGUACACAUGCCGCCACUGCCACGACGCUGGCGAGGACCACACCCUCCCACGCCAGCAGACCAAGCACAUGCUUUGCAUGCUUUGUGGGUGCGCUCAGAAGGCCUCGGAUACGUGCAUCAAAUGCAACCAGUCGGCCGCUUAUUACUACUGCGGAAUUUGCAAGCUUUGGAACGAUGAUGCGAGCAAGCCCAUCUACCACUGCUCAGAUUGCGGGCUGUGUCGAGUCGGCCAAGGGUUGGGCAAGGACUUUUUCCACUGCAAAAAAUGCAUGGCUUGUAUCUCGACGUCCGAGAGCAACCACAAGUGCAUCGAGCGUGCCGUCGACUCGGACUGCCCCAUCUGCAACGAGUACCUCUUCAACUCACCCAAGUCGGUCACUUUCAUGCAGUGCGGCCACAGCAUCCACCUGGUCUGCCUCGAGGAGCUCAAGAAGACGUCGUACCGGUGCCCGCUAUGCAACAAGUCGUGCGUCAACAUGGAGUACCGCUUCCGCCAGCUUGACAUGCAGAUCCUCCACCAGCCCAUGCCGCCCGACUACGCCGAUUCCCGCGCCGUCAUCUCGUGCAACGACUGCUCCGCCAAAAGCCAAACCGCCUACCACUGGAUCGGUCUCAAGUGCGCCGUAUGCAACUCGUACAACACCACCCAGCUGCAACUCCUUAACAUGCCAGGCGGCGACGCCGCCGCCGCCGAGCAGCAGCAACAGCCCCAACAGCAGCCAGUGACCCUCGACCCAGCUUUUCUCGCAGAAGAAAUCCGCCGCCGGGACCGAGCCCUCCGCCGCGAGCAGGAACGGCAGCGGGACCAAGAAAGAGACAACAACAGCAACAACAUGAACGGCAUGCAAGCCUUCGCUCUGCUCUCCACCUCGCCAUCCUCCUACUCGCGCGCCUUCCUCACGCGGCUCCUCAACCGCGGCAGCACCCCGUCCUCGGACGCCGAACCGGCGCACCCCGCCCUAUCAGGAGGGAACGGCAGCAAAUCUGAUCUUGUCCGUCCCGGCUUUGCUGCCAACACCAACACCGACACCACCGCCACAAGAUCUGGUUCUGCUGCGUGCAUCUCGGACAGCGAAGAGGAGGACGACGACGAGGAGGAAGAAGAAGACGACGGCGAGAUGGACAUGAUGGAUCUGUUCAGCGCGCGCGGCGACAGGGACUUUGACCGCAUGACGGGGUUGACGUCGGCGGAGAGUGCGGUGGGGUUUGAUGAUGACGAUGAUGAUGAUGAAGAGGAGGAGGAGGAGGAUAGUUCGGAGGAUGAGGACCGCGAAGGGGAAGAGGAGGAGGAGGAUGACGAUGAGGAGGAUGAUAUCCUGCUUCUUGGGCAUAGGUAG